UGCUUUUCCUCUCAUAUGCUGUCUGUAGCAGCUGUAUUAUGUAUUUAACCUCUUCAUAUUUCAUAGUGUAGUUUUAUUGUUGUAAAAUUAUCCGCUCUGCUGCCAUUACACUUAUCUAUAGUUGUGACUGAGCAGAUACUACCAACACCGCCUCUUUCAUGUGAAAACAUCCAAGUGAAACCCUGGGUUAACAAAGUGAGAGGAUAGCUAUGUUUGUGUGACCACUUGUCUUCACUGCAGAUAUCAGGCUAAGUAAACUUAGAUUACAGAAAGACGUUGCUCACAGUACAGGACUCUGUACAAUUGUUAUAAAGGGGGAAACUGUCCAUGGAAACCAAAAUAGUUUGUUUGUGCCAGGCUUUAAACAUGCUAAUCUUUUUUCUGGGCAUAUUGACAUGAGAGUCUACGGAGACUGACUCACUUUUGGAAUCAUCCUCAAGGGGCCAUUUUUUUUGUUUUUGUUUUGUUUGACACCUGAUCGUGCGCUCCAAAGAAGUGACUAAUUUAUUAGCAUUUCCUUUCAGCAAUUGUAUUUUUCAUAGGAACAAAGUCAGUUUUUUGCUUUGUUUGUUUUUCAGUAGGUAACUCUAUUUUUUCUGUUUUUAUUCUCUUUUCUGGUAAAUCUUAGCAUUCCUGACAGUGUGUGAGAAGAAAUAUGUGUGGGACAUUGUUCAUUUGUUAACAGUGGAUAAAAACACCUUUCAGUGAGCUAUCACUUUAAGAGGACAUUACAGACAAAUCCCCAGUCCCCUGUGUCUUGCUCAGACAUCUCCAGUGUGUGAGAGUCAGAGACAGUGGGUGAGAGCUGAGAAUAAAAGCAAGUUUCAUUGAGACGGAGCCAAGAGUCCAGUCAUUGGCAUGCUACUCUGGUUACCCGGUAGGCCUGCUGCUGGUUGACACAAUUCAGGAUCUUAUAAGAGAUGCAUCAAUAAAAGCUUUAGGCCGCAGAUUAUCAUUGGAAAUGCCGGCAUCUAUAAAGAUGUCACUUUGACUUUGAAGCAGCAGUGAGAAGAAAAAGAACAGCAGCCUUUUUCAUAUUUUGAAACGGCAGUUUUAUCUUCAGUUUCUGAAUCAGAUUUGGCAGAUUUUCUUGUAUCUCUCCGAACUUGGCUGUAUCCAGGACACUACUGUGGCUUGCUGACUGUCAAAGGAAGAAAGGCUUUGUGGGGAAACAAAAGAAAUACUUGAAUCUUCCACAGUCCUCGACAUUCCUAAACAGGGCAUAAUUCUUGUCCUCACAAAAGCAACACUGACUUCACAGGUAUAAAAACCACAGCUUCACCUUCAGGAUGCUGGAUCUCAACUCUUCAGAUGACAGCAAGAAGAACUCUCUUAAGGACCCUGUGUGCUUGAACGUCGGUGGAGAAAUCUAUACAACAACCUUAGACACUUUAACUCGCUGCCGUGACUCGAUGCUAGGCGCCAUGUUCACCGGACAAGUUCCUAUGCUUAGGGACAGCUGCGGCAACAUUUUCAUAGACCGUGACGGUAAAGUGUUUCGCUACAUUCUGAAUUACCUGCGCUCCGGCUCUUUGGAUCUGCCAGAUGGCUUCACUGAACUCGCACUGCUCAGGAGAGAGGCAGAUUUCUUCCAGAUACCCCGUCUGCUGGAGGAGAUUCGUCACUAUGAGGUAUCGGUGCCUCUGGGCCUUAGAGGUGGGCCGUUAGGAGCCAUCAUGAUAGUAAAAGUCGACUCCAAGGUCCGUGUUCUCCAUUUUAACUUGCGCCAUGGGCCUGAAAACUAUGAACUCCGCACAUGCUCUGUACGAGCGUUCACAGUCGACCUCUUUUGUACCUGGAGGGCAUUUCUAGGUUUGCUUUGUGAGCGCUUCUCCUACAGGACACCCCAGGGUCUCAACAGCCCUCACCUAUGUCGUCCGAGGCAGAACAGACUGAAACUGGAAUGGGUGCCAAAGCCUGAUGAACUCCCACAGGAACAGUAUGAUAAGCAGCAAUACAGGGGCCUAACUUUGUCUAGCCCUGAGGUCACGUGGUCAGAUGACAUGAUGAACAUGCACUACAGUCCCUGUGAAAUCACAGACAUGCAAGGCUUUUUGGAGGAGCUGUUGAAGAUAUCACUUGCUGAGGGGUUCAAGGUUGAUCUAGUCUCUCCUGACCCUGCAGAUAUUCUUAACUGCACUUCACUUCGUCUUGUGAAGCCGUGAGCACUGGAUGAAAGUGACUAGGAAAACCAGAACAUACCAAGAUAAUAAACUAUAGGAUAAGAUGAGAUAGCCUUUAUUAGUCCCAGAGUUACAUUUGAAGCAAUGAAUUCUCUAUGACAUGGAGUUAGAUUUACUGACACAUUAUGACUAGGAGGUCAUUAUCUGUGGUUCUUUUGUUUUGCUGUCAUAGAGUUUACUAAAAAAUAAUGCAAAAUGUGCUUUAUUAAUAAAAUGGUAAAUAAAAUGUACUUUUUUGUGGAAAUUCUGAUAUUGAGGAUACAACUUCAAAAUUUAGUUUGAACUCUGUUUAAAAAUGGCAACUGUUUUUAAAAGUAGUGCAGUGUGAGUAGUACUAGAGAACACACCAAGGAAUGAUAAUAUUCAUAGCCUGUUAGUCACUCGGCUAAAUGUGUGACAUAUAUUGUGACUCACUUUACAACAGUGUUGGGAAGCUUACUUUUAAAAUGUAUUCCACUACAGAUUACAGAAUAAAUGCCCCCAAAUCUAGUUCGUAACGUAUUCCGUUAAGUUACUCAAUGAGAGUAACGUAUUCUGAAUGCUUUUAAUAUAUUGUCAUGCUUUUUACAACUACAUUAAUGUACUAUUGCUGUGUGAUUUAUUACUAUUACUGAAGGCUACUCGCCACCGAGCUAACAUUGUUAGCUGGCAUUAUCUCAGGUUAGUUCAUCGACUGCUUUCAGAACUGCACAUGAUUAUUUGCAGCUAGCAGGUUGUUAAUGCUAUUCAUCAAUUGUAACAGUCACACAGCGAUAGUACAUCAAAGAUACUGAAGUGGCACAUAACCCAGAUAGCUACCACAAUUAAAACAAGGUAGUUGCAGUAGGCUAACGUUCGUUUUUUAAAAAGAACUUCCUUCCAGAUGUUUUUUUUAGGUUGGAGGUGGAGUCUUUUGAGUGCAACUUGGUUGCUGCCAAACAGAGUUUGCAUUGAAUUGUCAGAUUUCGCCCAUCCGUUUCCUCUUUAAAUAUGAAGUGGUGUCAGAAUUUCCAAAUAAGAAAUGCAUUCCUGUUCAUGCACUGCUGGCUCUGUUGUGCUGGCUUCGGAUCCAUUGUGUAACUGACGCCACCAGCAUUAAUAGGACUCUAAUUUCGUGUUUUGUUUGGGUUUCCGGCAAUGCGUGGAACUACCAGAAUUAGAAAGGGGACAGCAUAACAUAUGAAACAGGAAAACCACCAUGUAAUCAAUUAAUUUCAACAAAGUAAUUGUAUUAUAAUAAUCACCUUGUUACGCCUCCUCGAGGGCAGGAGGGGGUAACACAACAACUCCAGACACUCGGUACAAGUGUAAUAACAAAAGCGAGUUUAAUGGCAGCUUUCUCACAUAAACAAUAACCCAAAUUCAUACAACAAAUGUGGGGGAGAAAGGGAUAGUUGGGUUGUGCCCAAAAAGACAAAACCAAAACUUAGCUGAGCUCUUACCCUAGAAAAACAAAAAAGGGAAAAGACCCUAAUCCUCAACUCAAAACAAGCUCAAAAUUACAUGGGGGGCACCAACCUACUUACCUAG